AUGACGGAUGAAUCAAAUGGAGAAUCAACGUUUGAAUUCGUCGAAAAACGAGUUGAGGAUGUAUCAAUAUCUGGCGAAACAACUAAAAUUGAUUUAAUCAGCAGUUUAUCGCCAUCUGUAUCGAUAAUAACGCCUUUAAGUGGAUCAUCGUCAGCAGGAAAUCUUUUGUCAAAUGUUGCUCCACCAUCUGCUUUGCCUAGUUUUAUUGCCAAUCAGUCGCCGCCAUUAGAUUCACUGCCAAAAGAAAUUGGACAAAAUGCUGUCAAAGUUGAAAGUACCGAAAAGCCUGAAGAAAUUUCCGGGGAUCUUGGAGUUCAAACAAAACAACCGCAAGCACAAGGUCAACAAACUCCAGCUGAAUCUCAGAAACCGUUAGAAUCUGUGUGCUUAGAGGAGAAUCAAUCACAAGAUAUGGGAAUCGUCGGUGCCUCAUUAUUUUCAUGGGUCAAAGAUAAUGUUGUUAAUAAUAGUAUGCUCAGUAAAGUUGCUGAAAAAGCUAAAAGCAGUGUUAACUCAAUGAUAACUACUUUGGAUCCCCAGAUGCACACAUGGAUUUCAGAUUCAGGUGGUGAUGUUGAAAUUGUUGUGGCAUCUAAUAAGGAAGUCAAAGUCAGCCCUAUUCGUGAAGCUUUUCAAGACGCAUUUGGAAAAGCGACUAUCACAGGUGUAGCGAUUGAUACAUCGGCUAUUCCUGCACAACCAGUUGGCUUUGCUGCUGGAGUUAAUGGAGCAAAACAUCGUAUUAAAUAUGCACGUAAUGCUCUUGAGAUUCCAAAAGACAUUCCAAUUAUUGCAGUGCAAAGUUUUUUGGUGGAAAUUGGUGAAGAUAAAUGGUAUGAAUUAGCGGUUAUACUUCUUGAUGACUCAAAAAAUGACGUUAAUCUGCAAAUGUUUACACAAAUGACACCAGUACCAAGUCAAUUCGUAUCAACUGCUAAAGAAUCUACACCCGAUACUUAUCCACUUAAAACAUUAGGUUUGGCUGUAUCAGUUGGAAGUUUAAUGUCUACCAAUUUACAAGUUAAUUUCAAUGAAUGGCACCAUGCGCUUACUGUUAUUUGUACAUUAAUUGUUCUAUAUAAGAGUGCAAAAAUCCAAAUUGGUUACAAUUUGUCCAAGUAUGAUGCCAAGUCUGGGAGACCGUCUUUCAAUCCCUUCCUUUUUCUCGUAUCCUGA